UGUUCGAAACUUCUUUCGACUUGACAAACGUUUCUUAUCCACCCGCUCACGUUCCCCAGUGCACGCACUCUCGGCCACUCGCUCAUGGCUCUGACUACAGUUCACGGCGGUGGCGGUGGCGGAGGUGGCAGGAUCUUCCGCAUCACCCCCACCGGAACCACCACCUCCACCGUACCAAUUCGCCACCUCCUCUUCCCCCUUUCACCCAGAAGAGCGCUCCACAUAGCCUCAGCCAAGAAGCUUUCCUCGAGAACCGGCAAAUUCGACAGCAAGAACCGGAGGACCCCCACCACCACCACCACCAAGGACCAGGAGGACGUUGAAGAUUACGGCCAAGGCCAAGGGACUGCCCAAAUCGAGAGGGUGGGGCCCGAGAGCAGCGCCAUGGAGAGCUCCGGCGUCGCUGGCGACGACGGGUAUUUCCUGCCGGAGCUUCCUGGGGACAAGCCUGAUUUCUGGGAGGGCAGUCAGUGGGACGCUCUUGGGUUCUUCGUGCAGUAUCUGUGGGCUUUCGGCAUCGGUUUCGCGUUGAUUGCUUGUGGCGUCGCUGUGGUGACAUACAAUGAAGGAGCUACAGACUUUAAGGACACACCGGUCUACAAGGAGUCGGUCCAAUCUCGGGAUCUCUUGGAAGAACCCGACUCUAACUCGGAUGUAUUCGAGUCCAAUCCGACCGAGGUGGCCCCCAGCUUGGAAUGAAUAGGCACACAUUGUUAAAUGGAUCUUGCACGGAUCGUCGUAUAAGCCUUGGACAGAGAAGAAACAAACCAGAAAGAAGGAACCUCUUUCUCCAUUUAAUUAGAGGAAGUUACUGUAAGUUCCUUCUCAGUGUAAUUUAUAUACUUCCUUUAUGAUGUGGUUUUAAUGUUUUUCAAGCUCGAGCUGAAAACCGAGGACCGCACAUACGGAUUGCUGUUGUCCAUGAGUGGUUACUUUUCAUCGCCGUUGAUGUACAAUUGUUUGAAUUUCACGGUUGUAGCUUUUGUUCCA